AUGUCGCAGCAGCAGGAGCGCAGCGCGCAGGCGCCUCCGGCGUCACAGACGACGACGGAUACUAUUCGGCCGGAGACGGCGGAGAGUUCGCCCAGGGUGAUUUUGCGCUUGAGGGGAGGGCAUACUUCGAAUGGGAGGUCGGUGUCGUGGGCUGAGGAUGUGGUUGAUAACGAGGGUUUGGGUCGCAAAAGCUCAAAAGUGUGCUGCAUAUACCAUCGACCCAAGGGAGUUGACGAAUCCAGCGACGAGUCAUCGUCUGAUUCCUCAUCAGAUUCGGAUUCGGAUUCGGAGGCUGAAUCUAGACGCAAAAAGAAAGCUGGCGGCGACAAGGACGGCUGUGGUCACUCUCAUGAUCAUGGACACAGACAUCACCACGGACGGGGCAAAAGGAACAGCCAGAAGAGGGCACCGAGUCCAAAUGCCUACGAGAAGAUACCAAAGCCCAAGCCAAAGGAUACGGGUAAAGAGGUGCCCAAGUAG